AUGUCUUUCGUUAUCGACAUUCACGAUUACAAACCAGUGUCGUUAAUGUUCCUUUUCGGGGGUGGAGUCAUUGCUAUUUCGGCGGUCGAUUUCGUCCGUGCCAACGGUUACUCGAUCGCCUUUUGGGGACUGGGAUUGGAAGAUGACGACUUUUAUCGACGUAUCCGGCGACUCAACAUGAGCGUCGCCCGGCCGAACAUUCCGGCCGAGCAUUUGCGAUACAGAACACUCUAUCACGAUCCAUCGGUUGAUGUCAAUUCAAAUCGACCGAAGCUUUUUGAUGAUGGUUACCGUCGUUUCGAAUCAGAUGGCCUUAUUAAUCUGAAAUACCGUCCCAGUGACGCACAAUUGAAACCCCUGUACACUCACGUUGUCGUUGAACUAACGGAAGAUAAUCUGGACUAA